AAGGCGUGGGUGGGGUAGACAGUAAUUCGGCGAAUGCCCAAUGGAAGCAAGACAAAGCCAGACAGAAUAAGAGAAUCAUGAGAAAGCAUACAAACUUUUCAAACAAAUUCACCCUUCUUUCCUUUUUCCCCCUUUCAACUCUCUCUGACACACAACAAAAACCCUUUUUCACUUCCCAUUUCUUCACAAAGAACCUUCUUUUGCUUCGUUUAUGGCGUCCCCUUCCAUUUUUCUUCUUUAAUUCUCUCUUUUUCCUCAUACCUUCCUUCUUCCUCUGUUUUUCUCUCCCAACUAUAAUCUUAGGGUUUUGUCUUUACUCAUGGCGGAAGCUGCUCUUCCCAUUCCCCACCGGAUUCAUUCCUUAUCUGCCCUCGAUGCUCUCGGAAAACAUAGGCUGCUCGCCGAAAUGAAGCGCCUCGACCAAGAGGCUAGAUUUCUGGAGGAGGAGCUGGAGCAGUUAGAAAAAUUGGACAAAGCAUCAGCAUCAUGUAAAGAGUUGUUGGACAGUGUAGAAAUGAGAUCAGACCCUCUACUUCCAGAAACUCUCGGCCCGGUAAAUCCAGCUUGGGAUCGAUGGUUCGAAGGCCCGAAAAAUUCGAAUCGAUGCCAAUGUCGAUGCAGAUGCUGGAUUUUGUAACCAUUCUGUUUGAUUUUAUAUACACACAUAUAUAUAUAAUUUUCUGGUUUCCACA